UGCGGUUUCCAGUGAAUCUCAAUCAGUUGGCGUCGUACGGAAGGUUACGACAGGGCGCUGUCCCAACUACAUCAAAACUCCAUCCAUCCCUCCAUCUCCUCUCAGCAGCAGACAGAAAGAUCGAUACACCAAGAACCAUCCACUUCCAUCCAAAACCAAUACCUCAUUACCCCCUCAAGACCAUACAUCGAAAGCCUCAAACUCAAAAUGGCAACCAACGGCUCCCAACCCCGCGCCGAAGGUACUUACCCCUCUCCCCUCCUCACUUCCCCCUUUCCUCAUCUAUCCAUCCAGUCAGCCAACAAGAACUCAGAAGCCAAAGACCAAACCAACCCCUUCGCCGCUCAGCGGGAGACGGGCCAGCCCGCCAUCACCAUUGAUGCAGGACCCGAACCCGUUGCAGGUGUCGCAAAGGAAAACGUUUCGCCCAGCAAGGACGACAGACGCCAGAGCUCUGAUGAGUGGGAUGCAUCCAAGACCCCACCCUCCCGCUUCCAACAGCGCAAAGGCAGCUUGUACGCUACGCCCGGCUCGAGAGAUGGACACGUUGACAAGAACUAUGACCGGGAUGCUGCGUAUCAUGCGAAGCUCGCGGAGAAGGGCUGGUCGCUUGGUGGGAAGAAGAGGAGAGGUAGUAAAGCUGGGAGUGACGAGGGGAAGUAAGUGAGCCUAGCGAACGAGGUUAACGGGGCUUUUCGAGGGGCAGGUGGAGUAGCGAGUGAUUUUCAAGGGAGGUUGUGCGAUAAUUUAUUUUUGUUUCCCUUGUUUUCUUUGUUGCUUGUGUUACGGGACGGAUAGGUUUAUGGGGGUUAGGUUAGUUUAUGGGACGGGAUACCAAGGCAAAAGCAUACGGAGUGAGGUUCACCAUCAGCGAGCAAACAAACAAACAAACAAACAAACAAACAAACAAAACAAGCAAACAAACAGGGAUUCUCUUAAGAAGAUUUUCAGAAACCA